AUGGACAAUGCGUCCAUCGGGGGCCUGCGAGGCGUCUCGACUCCUUAUGUGACGCCAUCUGACCUACCACGUCCUCUGCCCAUCACCGUUGCCAAAGCCACCACCGCUCUGCACCGUGCCGAACCUGUCUCCACACCUGAGGUGGAGGCGCUGCUGGACAGCAUUAAGUGGGACGACAAGGGGCUCGUGGUGGCCAUCGCCCAGCAUGCUGACACUGGCGCCAUCCUCAUGCAGGGGUUUGCGAACCGCGACGCGGUGUCGGCCACGCUGGCAUCGGACCGUGCCACGUUCUUCAGCCGGUCGCGGAAGUGCUUGUGGACCAAGGGCGAGACCUCGGGGCACUUCAUCAAUGUGCUUGACAUGUUCAUUGACUGCGACAGGGACACGGUGAGAGCUGGAAGAGCCGAGGACACGGUGAGUAGAAGAACAGCUGACUUCUGA